AUGUUGGAAAAUAAGGAUCAUAUACAAGCUGCUGAACAGCAGCUGGAUGUCGCAUUCACAUCGUCGUCUGAUGCAGCACCAUCUGAUGAAAAACUUCACAAUAUCGUUCAAACUGACUCCAUCGACGAGGAAACCAAGGUCAAGAAAGCCAACUCAAACGAAUUAAACUACAUUGACGAUUCACUUGGAGACGAAGACGAAGGCAGAGAACCAACUGAACAUGAAAUGAAAACAUUGAGACACGUUGCUGAUAGAAUCCCAUAUGCAGCAUGGUUAGUUGCUGUUGUUGAGUUGGCGGAAAGAUUCUCGUACUAUGGACUAUCAGCACCUUUCCAAAACUAUAUGCAACAUGGACCGCAUGAUCAUCCAAAGGGUAUGUUGGCAUUGAAACAACAGGGUGCGACUGCGUUGUCAUACUUUUUCCAGUUUUGGUGUUAUGUCACUCCUAUUUUCGGUGGAUGGAUAGCUGAUACGUAUUGGGGUAAGUACAAGACCCUUUUCGUUGCGUGUUUUGUUUACAUUAUUGGUAUUUUGAUCUUGUUUGUUACUUCGAUUCCAUCCAUCACAAGCAGAAACACGGCGCUUGGUGGAUACGUUACUGCCAUUAUUAUUAUUGGUGUUGGUACUGGGUUGAUCAAGUCAAAUGUUUCUCCGUACUUGGCUGAUCAAGUACCCAAACGGAAACCAAGAAUUUCCAUUAGGAAAAAUGGUGAACGUGUUAUUGUUGAUCCAAACAUUACUGUGCAAAACAUCUUUUUAUGGUUUUAUUUGAUGAUUAAUAUUGGAAGUUUGUCAGUUAUCGCCACUACUGAAUUAGAAGCCCAUGUUGGAUUCUGGGCUGCUUAUUUGCUACCAUUCUGUUUCUUUUUCCUUGCAUUGAUCUCGUUGGUUGCUGGUAAGAACAAAUCAGUUGAUAUCCCAGUAUCAGACAGGAUCAUUAGCAAAACUUUCAAAUGUGCUUGGGUUGGGUUAACCAAUGGGUUCAACCUUGAAAAUGCCAAGCCCUCAGUUCACCCAGAAAAGGAAUUUCCAUGGACCGACCAUUUCGUUGAAGAAGUGAGACGUGCGUUGUAUGCGUGUAAGGUGUUUGUGUUUUACCCAGUAUACUGGGUCACUUAUGGACAAAUGUUGAACAAUUUUGUUUCUCAAGCAGGGCAAAUGAGGGCUCAUGGUUUGCCUAAUGAUUUCUUACAGGCUUUUGACUCGAUUUGUAUCAUUAUCUUUAUCCCAAUCAUGGAGAGAUUUGUCUACCCAUUCAUUAGAAGAUUCACCCCAAUGAAGCCAAUCACCAAGAUCUUUUUCGGAUUCAUGUUUGGUACCGGUGCCAUGAUUUAUGCUGCUGUUUUGCAACACUACAUUUACAAAUCGGGCCCAUGUUACGAUGAUCCUUCAUCGUGUCCAAAUGGUAACAAUAUCCACAUUGCUUUACAAACCCCAGCUUAUUGGUUGAUUGCCAUGUCGGAGAUUUUCGCAUCUGUUACUGGGUUGGAGUAUGCAUACACUAAAGCGCCCGUGUCCAUGAAGUCUUUCAUUAUGGCUCUUUUCCUUGUUACUAAUGCAUUUGGUUCUGCUAUUGGUAUUGCCUUGUCUCCCGUGAGUAAAGACCCCAAGAUGGUUUGGACUUAUACUGGUUUGGCUGUCGCUUGUUUUAUUGGUGGUUGCGCAUUCUGGGUCAUUUACAGUAGUUACAACUCAAAAGAAGAUUCAUGGAAUGAGUUGGAGUAUGAGAAUGAGUUGGAUGAAGCUGUCUUGAGACCUGUCCAUUCUUUGGCUCACUCAGUAAGGAGUAUUUGA